AUGUUAUUAAGAAAAGACCAAGAAAUCGAAGAAAUCCAAUAUCACUUUAAUGAAAUAAGUGAAAAAAUUUCUCAUCAAGAAAAUGCAGUUAUAAUUAUCGGUGACACAGGAGAAGGAAAAACUACGUUAUUGGGUUAUUUAACCGGGAUUCCCUUGCUUAGUAGAGAAGAUGACCUUGGAGAUUAUAUUAUUUAUGCUGAAGAUUCAAGUGAUAUAGAAAUCAAUGAUAGGCCUAUUUCACAGACCUCUUUACCAACAUGUCGAGGUGUAUAUUGGGAUUGCCCUGGGUUUGGUGACACACGAGGUCUUGUGCAAAAUAUUGUGAAUGCUUAUUCGAUUUAUAAGUUAAUCAAAAAUGUGGAAAAAUUAAAGAUUUUACUCGUUGUUUCUGAAUCAAUAAUUAAAAGUACAAGAAAAAAAGAGUUCUUAAAUCUUAUUAAUAAUUUAGGUGAAACUUUUAAAAAUAUUGAUGAAUUUGUUCGGGGAUUAUGUUUAGUAAUAACAAAAAGUAAUAAACUCGAUGUUAGAAAAGUAAGAAAUUGUUUCCGUAAAAUCCUUGAAGAAUAUGAUAAUCAAGAAAGUUUCAGUCAACCCAAGAGAGAAAUACUCAAUUUUUUAUCAUCUACUGAAAGUCAAAUAGUAAUUUUCAAUGCUCCUGAUCAAGAAGGUCCAAUUUCCGAUACAGACAAAUAUUCGAUUUUGGAGAGUAUAGAAAGGAUUUCUUACUUGACAAAUCUAGAGCCCAGUAUUUUAUUGGAUGACAAAUCAAAGCUUUAUAUCAACAGUCUAGUCGAAAUAUUUUAUGAUGAUCUAAAAAAUUAUAUUUUGCUAAAGUUUUAUCCAGCAAUUCAAAAUUACUUUGAAACUUUAAUAGAUACUCAUCGAGGCACAGCUAAAGAAUUGAGAAAUUCUUUAAAUGAAUUUUCUAAAAAAUUUAAAUCUAUAUAUGAUGUACCCGAAAAGUUUGAAGAAAAUCUUCAACAAAUCCUUUUAAUCGUUGAACAUAUACAAAGCAAUGAUCUCAAAAAAGAACUUUUAAAAAACAUUUCUUUAUUAAAUUUCUUUAAACUUGUCAAACACGAAUCAUUUGAGAUUAAAGGAAAUACUAGUAGUUGGUAUAGUUAUAUAUCCGAAUUAAUUAAUGAGUUAGAAAUACUUACGUCCUUUAAAAUUCAUAAUCAUGGACAUAAAUUAACACUUGAAGGUAUAAUUCUUGGUACUGAAGAUCUUAUUACUGCAAUGAAUAAUCAAGAACUGUCUGAAAUAAAUGUAUUUAGCUUAAAUAGCUUGUUUAUCGACCAGGAUAUAAAUGCACCAGGAAUUAAUCUGACAUUGAUAUCACCUCAAUGGCGUGUUGUGAGUAAAAGAUUAAUUAAUUUGAAAGGCUAUACUGGUUUCUCACACAACCCAAAUAAAGCAGAUGAUGGAAUGUCAUCUAUUGAAAAACUAAACAUUAAUGGCGAAGACGGUCUACCUGGACUACCUGGACUACCUGGUUAUUAUGGAGGAAAUUUUUAUGGCAAAGGAAAUAACUUUUUUAAUCUUUCUUCUUUAAUUAUUAAUACUAGUGGUGGUGAUGGUGGUCAAGGUCAAGAUGGUGGUAACGGUGCUAAUGGAUUAGAUGGUAAUAAUUUGGAUGAAGAAUUUACAAAAAAUAAAGAAUAUUUUGAAUUUAUAUCAAGAGAAAAAGUAAAAAUUUUUUCUUCAGACGAAGAAAAAGUCGAUUUCCUUGAUAAAGUAAUAAAAUGUGUAGAAAAGUGUGCCAAAUUUGUGAUAACCUUUAAUGAUAAACAUGAAGAAACAUAUGAGUAUUUUGAUCCAGGACAGAGAGGAGGAAAUGCAGGACGAGGAGGAAUAGGUGGUUUUGGUGGAAAACCUGGCUCUAUAUUAUUUGAUAGUUCAUCCAAAUUAUUAGAAAAUCCUAUUAUAUUUAAAGAAAGUAAAAGAGGAGCAAAUGGAAAAGGAGGAAAACCAGGCCUUGGUGGAAAAAAUGGACCAAAAUAUCGUGGAGUAUACAUUAAUGAAAGAGUAUUUCCUGCAUUAAGAGGUAUUAAAGAAUUUGAUACUAAAUGUGAUGUAUCGGAUGGAUUAUUAGAGUCAACACGAGCAACAGUGGCACCAGCAGCAUCAUUAACAAUCACGGGUUCCGUAGUAGGUGCUGCAGAGGUUGCUAAAAAAACUUUUUUCGAAAAAAUUUUAAUUGAUCUCGGUUUAGUAAGCAGUCCAUUGGCAUUUAGUGUUCCUGCUGCCUUUGCAGGCUUGGGCAUAGCUUUAGUCGUUCAGGCAGGUUGUUCUGUAGUAAGUGCAAAUUUAUCAAGUGGUUGGAAAGAGGUGCCACAUAAAGUAGAUAAUGAAAAAUUCAAUGAACGUGCACCUGAAGGAAAAUUACUUGAUGGGUUAAACGAGAAUAAUAUUAAAAUAUCCUUUGAUAUACUUCCACGCAUAACAUCAAAAGAAAAAGAAAAGUUAUAUGAGAAAUUUUAUAAUCAAAACCAAAAUUUUAGAUUUAUUAAAGAAUUACUGUUAUGUUCGGAAAAAACUCUAUAUUAA